AUGAGCGUAUCUCCAACAGCACUGAAAAAGCUGAGGGUCGUCCUCGCCUGCUUGGUCAGCAACUUAUUUGCACCAUCUUCAAAUUCAUUCCCACAACACCAGUUCACCGUGGCCAUGUACCACGUACAAGGUUCUCAAAAAAUACAAGAGCCAAAGUUCGGGCUUGAUCUGGGUCGAGAGAAAAUUAAACAUCCAUUUACUGCUGAUAUCAACAUUAGUCAUGGACAGUUGGAACAGCUGAAGUUGGAAAAUAAAAAUCUGGUAAAGAAUUUGAAUACUGAGAAGACUCUAAGAAAGAAAUACUGCAAUAUGGUGGAGGAUUUGAAAGGAAAAAUCCAUGUCUUCUGUCGUAUACGGCCUUUGAGUAAAUCUGAGCUAACUCACGGAAGCCAGUGUAUUGUCCAAUCUCCUGAUGAGUAUACGGUGAUCAUCAAGAGUAACCAUGGAGUGAAGGAGUUCCAAUUUGACCAAGUAUUUGACGGUUCCACAUCACAGGAAGAAUCCUUCAGAGAAACAACUAGGCUAAUUGAGUCAGCUGUCGAUGGCUACAAUGUGUGCAUUUUUGCCUAUGGUCAGGCAGGCUCUGGGAAAACAUUCACAAUGAUUGGAGAGAAGAAACCAGCAAAUCUAGGAAUAAUACCCAGAGCAUUCAAGAGAAUAUUUCAAAUUAUACAUGAAAGCCAAGCAAACUUUACAUUUCAGGUCUUGACUUACAUGUUGGAGUUACAUAAUGAUCAACUUUUGGACCUUUUCAUCAACCCUUGUGAAGGUUCCACUACAAAGCUUGAAAUAAGGAAGGAUAGAAAAGGAUUUGUAUACAUCCAAGGAGCAGAAAUAAAGAAGGUCACCAGUGCAGAAAUGCUCUAUGCAUUGUUUGAGCAGGGUUGCACAACUCGUCACACAGCAGCCACAAAAAUGAACAAUGAAAAUUCACAAUCCCAUCUGAUUGUUGGAGUGACAAUAAAACGUACCAGUCUCAGUGAUGGAGCUGUAACUUAUGGAAAGCUCAGUAUGAUUGAUUUAGCAGGAAGUGAGAGAGCAUUCAAAACAGGAGCAACAGAUGAUCAGCCGAAGAUUUUUGCAAAAUUGAAACCUGGAGAAUCACUGGAAGAAGCGUAUUGA